CUGCCACCCCCGGGAGCAUCCCCGGAGCGCCUGCAAAGACAAUUCCUAAUUAAUUUCGCUUGUCCUGCCAAGAACUGAUCGUUUCCUGCUCGAGAAAUCGUGGCGGGCUCCGCGGCUUUCCCGGCAGCGGCAUUCCUCGUUUUCCGCCGGGUGCCAGGCGGGCGGGCGGCUCUGGGGCAGCUCUGGGGCAGCUCUUAUCUCCCGCCCGCAGCCCUCGGCUCCCUUCGGAGCGGGAGGCGCGAACAGAGCGAGGGAGAGCAGAGGAGGCACCCCCGGACUCCCCCAGGCACGUGGGCGCUGGUGUGGGGUGCCUGUCCCAGUGACCCCCCCCGAGUUUUGGGUGCCACCCCCAGCACCCAGGGGAGCCCCCGCACUCAGAGGAGCCGCUGCCAUCGUGGGAAAAUCGUCAUGGGCAACUGUGUCCCCACGACCCCCAGCAUCCUGGAGACGCAGGACCCCCUGGACCUGGAGGAAAUCAUGGGCAACCUCUCCUCCUCCUACGAGGACACCACUGACACCAACGACACCAUCCUGGACUACGACGCCGCGCCCUGCCACAACCACUUCUGCCCCCUCUUCCAGCGCGUGGCCCCUCCUUUCCUGGCCACCACCUGCGCCCUGGCCGCGCUGGCCACCGGCGCCCUGCUGGUGGCCCUGACCAAGCGUCCCCAGGCGUGGCGGUGGCCGCGGAGCCGCGCUCUGGUGGCGCAGCUGGCGCUGGGCACGGCGCUGUUCGCGGCACCGCUGCCGGCGCUGGCGGCGGGCGUGGCACGGGGCUGGCACCUGGGCGCGUGGCCGUGUCGCCUGGCGCACCUCCUGUGGCACUGGAGCCUCUUUGCCCAGGUGCUGCUGGUGGCCAGCGGCUCGUGUGGCACCGCCUGGGCCCGCUGGGACCCCCGGAGCCGCCGCCUGGCCGCGGGGCUGUGGGCAGCGGCGCUGCUCCUGGCCACGCCGGCUGCUCUGGUCAGCGGCGUGGCGGGCACCGGCUGCGUCCAGCGCAGCGUGGCCAUCCUGGCCCCGGCCUACCUGCUGCACCUGAGCCUGUGCCUCUGCCUGCUGCUGCUGCUGCCCGCGGGGCUGCUGCUGGCCGCGAUGGCCGUGCCGCGCCUCAGGGCGAGCUGGGCGGCCGGAGCCGGCCUCCUCUGGCUCUUGCCGGGGCUCUGGGCGCCCUACGGAGCGGGGCUGGCCGGGGAGUUCCUGCUGCAGGCCGGGCUGGUGCAGCCCACCUGCGGCUCCUUCGAGCACUUUGACCUGGCGCUGGGGCUGUGCCAGGGGCUGGGGGUGCUGCACUGCGGCCUCGGGCCCCUGGCGCUGCUGCUGGCCUGGCGCUGCCGGGGAGAGCCGAGCCCUGGGGGCUGUGGCUCGGAGCCCAAGGGACCUGCGGCACAGGGCUUGGCACCCAAGGGACCCGCGGCACAGGGCUUGGCACCCAAGGGAUCCACUGCACCAGGCUCGGAGCCCUGGCACUGAGCCCUGGCCCCCUGGUGCCGGACUUGGACCCCCGGCACCAGACUUGGCUCCCUGAAACUGGACCCCGGCCACUGGGCAACCCCUGGCUGCCAAUUUGGCCACCCUUGGCCUCCCAGCACCAGACUCUGGCACUCCCUGCACCAGUCCCUGUGCCGUCACCACCGACCCCUGGCCUGUCCCACACCAGGCUGGGCUACCCAGCACUGACCCCUGGCCACCUGGAACAAGCCUUGGUCUCCUGGCACUGACCCUUGGCUGCCCAGCACCGGCCCCUGCCCCUGGGCACUGGCCCCUGGCCCCACAGUGCCCCCCAACCCUGUGGGCCUCUGCCCCACACCCAGCACCCCCUCAGGACCCCCAUUCUAAGCUCAGCUCAGAGUCCUCCACCCUCUGUCCCCUCCCUUGGGGUCUCAGCCCCAUCUCUGGGGCCAGACCCUCCCCGACUGCCCAACGCAGAAAGCCCGGGGGGGUCACCCCAGGUUCCCCGGGUCACCCCAGGCUGCCGGGUGGGGUCACCCCAGGCUCCCAGGGGAUCCCCGAGGCUCAGCCCCAGCCCAGCCCCAGUCCAGGGGGGGAUUUCGGAAGUGAUGGGAUUUUUUCCAUCUCUCCUGACAAGCCAAGAGCAUCCAGUGGGAAUAACACACAAUAAACACAACGGCCAGAGGCACUCGUCCAGCCCAGUUAAUGAACUGGAUGGGACUGGGCG